AUGGCAUCGUCUCGGCCGGGCCUACAAGGCACAACAUGCCCACCAAGUCAACCAAACUAUCCCCCAUACCGCGAACCUCCUUUUGAGGUUGCGAUAGAGAGGGGCAAAAGCAUUGCAAAGACCAUUGCAGACACGAAAGGCUUGCCUGAGAAUCUUUUGCGAGAAGCAGAGGAGCUAGCAGAAUACCGGCUUCCUACCGAGACUGUCCUCAGAUUCCUCGGCAAUUGCGGCGAUGGCAAGAGCAGUACUAUCAAUUCUGUGCUCGAUGAGGAAGGCAUUGCGUGCACAGCGGCAUGUGGUUCAGCCGUCACUCUUUUUUCUGUCGAGUAUCGACUUCGCCAGCCGCAGCAUUCCUCAGCAUUUACUGUGGACUGCGCUCUGAUGUUUGGGGCAGAGCUCGGGACAUACCUCGGAAGGCUGUUGGAAGACUUUCGUCAAAUCGACUUGGCGGAUCCGCAGGAGCGGACGGCAGAUCUCGAGGGACUCGAAGCUGACAGCCUAACAGCACGACAGGUCUUCGAGAUUGCUUUUGGCAAGAUGGACGGUUUCGACUUGGCCAUGCUUGAACACGACGACGACGAUAAAAGCAGAGAGAUCGCCGUGGCACUUCUGAAGAGUUACGCUGCUAGACUGGAAUUCCGGAGGAGAUGA